GAGCGUCCCUCCAAGGAGCGUCAGCGCGAGUUGGCUGCGGAGGCCAAGGCCAAGGCCGCCGCAGAGGCCAAGGCCGCCGCAGAGGCCAAGGCUGCUGAGGAAGCCAAGGCAGCUGAGGUAGCUCGGGCUGCGGCAGAGGCGAAGGCUGCUGAGGAAGCCAAGGUUGCUGAGGCCAAAGCUGCUGAGGAAGCUAAGGCAAGCGCAGAGGCGAUGGUAGCUGAAGAGGCGAAUGCAGCCAGAGAGGUUCCUGCAACGGCUGAUGUACCUAUGGAGGCAUCUGAG